CUCCCAUACGCACGGCGUCGACGGCACCUCUCAACGGCAGACAAGCUGAACCGGAAUCCGCCGUCCCGCCUCCCCCACCAACAACGCCGGCGACUAUCUCCAGCUCUCCACCCCGAUGCUCGCCUGCACUUCCGUCGCAAGGUCUAGUCGGCUCGGGAGGCCUCUACGCGCCGCAGGUUCCGCGCUGCGCUGCCUCCAGGGAUCAUUUAUUCGAAGUAAUAGUUACUCAAUUGUAAUGGAAGGGCUGCAAGGGUCCUCGAAUAAUGUGGCAAAACACAAGAAAAGAAAGUCUCCUGUGCAGAGAUGGAGGCCAAUCUCUACAGAAGCCACUGCUCCAAAAGCCAACCUUAAUGAGAUGUCAAAUCCUGUAAGCAAACAAGUGGUAGAGAAUUCAGCCAUAGAUAAAAGAACUGAUGUUAUGGAAGUUUCCACCAACAUUGAAUCAUUGCCAGAAAAUAAAUUAGCCACGGAAGACACUAUGGAGGAUGCUAGCUUCAAUAAGGACCUAGAUAGGUCCAAUUUAUCUGAAAAGUGUUCAUCUUCUCUUCAGGUAGAUGCUCCCCUGAUGCGCUUUCUGAAAGGAAAGGGUGGAACUAUGCAGAAGAAAAUUGAAGAGGAGACUGGGGUCAAAAUUAUAUUUCCAUCUUCAAAGGAGGAAACAUGUAUUGUUCUUGAAGCUAAAACUACUGAGAAUAUUAGAGAUGCUUCAGAGAAAAUUGCAAAGGUUCUUGAAGAGGCCGUUAAAAGUCCAAUGCUAGAUUACUCUCACUUCAUUUCGCUUCCAUUGGCUAUCCACCCAAACCUUGUUGAGAAGCUGAACCACUUCCAGUGCUCAAUCCUUGGGACUUCUUCUCAUGUAGAUAGUGAUAAGGGUGAGGACUUGAGCGAAGGUUCUAUGGAUGAAAUGGACCAUGAACAAAAGCAAGUAGAGAGCCCUAGUGUUUCAAUAAAGAUGCAAGUCCAAGAGGAGUCGUCUGUCAGAGUUAAAAUGGAUAUUAAGGGCUCUCGACCAGAUUUUGGCAUCGACAAGUCGAUAUUUAUUAAACCCAAAACAUUUCACCUAACAGUUCUUAUGUUGAAGCUAUGGAAUAAGGAUCGGAUUGCGAAGGCUUCUGAUGUGCUCCAGUCAGUAUCGUCCCAAGUAAUGGAAGCCUUGGAAAACCGACCAAUCUCCAUCCAACUUAGAGGUCUGACAUGCAUGAAAGGCUCACCAGCUAGGGCCAGGGUAGUAUAUGCUCCCGUGCUGGAGGUUGGUGAAGAGGGGCGCCUACAACGUGCUUGCAAAGUUAUAACUGAUGCCUUUGUGAAGUCAGGACUAGUACUUGAAAGGGAUGCAAGACAAGAACUGAAGUUGCAUGCGACCAUAAUGAAUGUGAGGCAUAGGAAGAGCAAGAAACAGAACCAAAGAAAUGACUCAUUUGAUGCUCGGAAUAUAUUCAGAAAAUUCGGGGAACAUGACUGGGGCGAGUACCUCAUUCCUGAAGUCCAUCUUUCUCAGAGAUUCAAGUUUGAUGAGACCGGAUACUACUACUGCUGUUCUUCAAUCCCCUUGCCCGAGGAGAUGCAAACGGAUUAACCGAGUGAGUUUCAUGACAAACACAUUGCCAUGUUUCAAAUCUUUCACCAGCAUCAUCCCCCUUAGGACGACUUUGCGGUGUACUGUUACUGAAGCAAUAAUGUGGCAUGUCUUAUGCUUGGAUUGUUCUAGAGUGUGGCAUGCUCAGUCUAUAUAGGCCUUUCUUUUGAGGGUGGGUGGGAUGAGCCAUCAUGCAUCAUGGUGUUUAUCAAUGGCAGAGUGCUCCCUGGAGUUGUCAAUCUGUUGGUUAACAUCGUUUUCGGUCUGGCCCAUGGUACAAUCUAGCCUGCUGUUUACUUCCUCUGGUUAUGUUCAAUUUCAACCCAUCAAUCAUCUUAGCUCCCAUGUGCUGCUU